UGAAGCAUUUCUCCCCUCCCGCACGAGAAUCUCAUUGCAGUAAAAGUGUGUGCGCGCGCUACUGCGCCUGCGCAGGUCUCCUCGUCUUUUGUUGGAAGUGAAUGACUGGCGUUUUUAAUGCUUUCUGCCCCAGCAUCGCUACAUUUCUAAGUGAAUCCCAAUCCUCUCAAAUUAACUCAUCAUGGAUGAUCUCGAUGCUGAUUUCACCGGUGGUGAUGCUGGAGCUUCACUGACCUUCCCAAUGCAAUGCAGCGCUCUGCGCAAGAACGGCUUUGUGGUGCUGAAGGGACGUCCAUGCAAGAUUGUGGAGAUGUCCACCUCCAAGACUGGCAAGCAUGGACACGCCAAGGUUCACAUGGUUGGUAUUGACAUAUUUACUGGAAAGAAGAAUGAAGAUAUAUGCCCCUCCACCCACAACAUGGAUGUGCCCAAUAUCAAGAGACUGGACUAUCAGCUUGUUGGCAUUACAGAUGGUUACCUUUCCCUUUUGAAGGACAACGGAGAGUUGCGUGAGGACCUCAAACUGCCAGAAGGGGAGCUAGGCAAAGAAAUCGAGAGCAAAUUUGAAUCUGGGGAUGAAUUUCUGGUUUCUGUGCUGUCUGCCAUGGGCGAGGAGUGUCCGAUCGCCAUCAAAUCCAUGAGCUCAUAAAGAACCGAAGCUUGACUGGCUGGUUGAGUGAGGGCUUCUACCACAAAUAUUACAGUUUAGGUCACCAAAGCCACAGCCUCCACAAACCACCUAGAAUUGGUUCUGUUGAUCAGUUAAAAGGUGCUGUACCUUCACGAAUCACCGAGGUUUCCUACACGCUUGUUUUUCAGUAAUUUUCGGCAUCGUUCCUUUCAUCAUUACACAGAUGCACUUUUUUUUCUUUAUUUUCACAUAUGGGUAUAGGUUUUUAAUGCUCUACAUAUUGGUUAUUAUUAAUGCCAGCUUAAGUUGUUGCAAAUCAUGCAACAGCUGUAAAAAAAAUUACCUCUUUAAAUGAUACUGACUAGUGUGCUGGCAUUUUGUUCAUCUGUAUUUGUGCUAAAGUCUGCAUCUCUCAUGUAGCCUUGGAGAUGUUUGAAUAUUGCUCUUACAGCUUGGCACUUGUUGGGGUGGCUGGCAAUCAGGCAGAUGUUGUCCUUAUUCAUAUUCAAGAUAGUACUUUCCUUUUACUUCAAAUUGCAUCCAGACCAAAUAUACAAUUUGUAACUGAACAAUGCAUUUUAUUCGGCACAUUUUGUUUUAAGUUGAAAGUAUUGUUUUGUAUUUUUAGUUAAUCUGACCAUUCCAUUCAUUCUUUGGUUUAAGUUUACAUCAUUCACUUUUAUUUUGGUAGUAGUGAAAAAGUGUUUACACAGCAAAAAAAAAAAAAAAACAUUUCCUGUUGCUUUUUCCAGCAGUAAGUGGAAGAUAACUUUACAGAAUGGCUUUGAGUUUUGCACUUGCUAAUGAGCUGUGAUGCAGUAGUAAUUACAUUACCUCUGUAACAAACUCUUUGUUUGUGUUAAAAGUAGCUUUGCUAUUUGACGACAACCUAAUUUAAAGCCGCAGCAAUUAGCUUGUUAUAUCUGUUUUGUUUUUGUAUGUACUCAUGGACGGGCACAGUGUGUGUGUGUGCACUAAAGGGCUUCAAUAUACAUUCUUUAAAAUUCAUGUUCCUGUACAAUCUUGUAUGCACCUCGUGUUUUGUUCAUGAAAUGUAGUUUAAAAGCAUUUGUAGUUACCCUAAAAUAAUUGUUUUCAGUGCAAAGAUGAGGAAACUUUACGUUUUAGUUCCUCAGGAUGUUUUUGAACUUUUUUUAUGGUAAAGCUGGAUUAGCAAACAAAAAAGCACUUGGUUUUUCAGCAGCUUUAGGGGAUUUGUGUUAUUUGUCAGCUUGCAACAUUUCCUGAUUUAAGAGACCAAUUUUUAAUUUCAAAUACAGCUCCACUACAAAAGUAGCUUUAGGUCAGAUGAAAGUGUUCUAUGAAUGUAGAGUAUCGAAAAUCUUCAUGCAUAUUGGCAUCUCCAAAUUAGUAAAUCUCUCAGGUUUCCAGUAUUCAGGUGUUUUCCAGUGCAUAGUAUUAGUCCUUAAACACUCUUUUUUUUUUCCUGUCUAUAUGUAUGUCUGGAAAGAGAAACAGAUGGCGGAUGAGUGAUAUGGAUCUAAAUUAACCAAUUCUGUAUCUCAAGCUCCCGGUUCAAUUUCAUUCCUGCAAUUAUAUGGCUUUCAAAUUCAAUAGUAUUGUAAAACCUAGAAAUACAUCCCAGUAAAUGGCUUAAUUAUAAGUGAUGGGCAGGACACGACUGUACGGAGGUUAAUCACACAAGCAGUAGAGAUGAGUGUUCAGUGUUUUCAUAUAGUUCAGAAAUUAUUGUAUGGGAUCACAGAUGGGAUGAGAGGGAUUGAAUUAUAAUAAACUGUCAAGAAAAAAAGUA